AUGCUUGACGAAUCUGCUGAAAUAAUUGCCGAUGAGGACCGCGACACUGCCAAGACCGAACUUAGGGCAUUAUUGGAUAAGGAGGAGAUCGAAGAUUCCGAUAAAUUAUGGAGCCUUUUCUCAAAGGCUGGUCACCCUCUCGACCUGACUUCUGCAUUGCUGGCGAGACUAGGCAGCUCUGAUCCCAGGCGACUUCUCAACUCCCUGUCUAUCGAGUCCCGAACUUCUGAGGAUUAUCUGCACAUGACCAAGUCAUGUAUUACCACAGGGAAUCUUUCGGAUGUGGAUGGGAUAUGUCAGGAAGCAAUCUCCUACAACCGUGGCUUUGUGAACUCUGAACAAUGGGAUUAUGUGCAAGAUAUUUGGAGAUCGAGGCCGUUGGGCGACAAGUCGCUGUGGCACACUGUCGCCCCUUGGCUACAGGUGUCUACCGUGCAUAAGCCUUUGUUAGCACUUGCUGAUUACUUACAAGAUCAGAGUCUCAACAGUCCAGUACGUCUUGCUGCUCGCUUCAUACUCAAUAAUGUAUUCUCUAGCACGGAGUUUGCCGAAGCUACUGCGACGGAGACCCUUCUAGCACUACUGCAAAAGUUCAACCAUCUGGACUUGAUCACUUCGCGGAAUUAUCUUGAUCUUAUCAACACCCUUCAAGAAUCAGAGCACCGAUCGACGUUUGUUCGAUCUAUCGUGGUUUAUCGGAAUUUCCGUUGGCAGAUGGAGGAAGAAACUCCACCCCGAAAGCUUCUGGCUAAGCUGUUGAAGCGUCUCGCUUCUUUCGAGAUCACGACCGGUAUCUUAUACUUCCUCGAUGAGAUUUCCCACUUCCAUCGCAAACCGACAGAGGACGUCUACAGGCAGGCGCUUAUUGUUUUUUCGAGAGCCGGUGAUGUGGAUAAUGUCCGGCAUGUAUUCGACAGAUUCCUUUCGGACCACGGAAAGCCGCGAAGCCGCAAACUUGUGGCUCCGCUUCUCUAUGUCUACGCCAGAAUUGGCGAUGUUGAACAGACCACGCGUCAGUUCCGAAGAAUUUCGGAGGAGUUUAACCUUCAACCGAAUGACAUAUGUUGGAACAUCCUGCUCACAGCUUAUUCCAAAGCGGGAGAUCUUUCAGGGACCUUCACCAUGUUCAAGAAGAUGAUGGAAGAGGGUGUUGAGCCCAGCUCGCACACCUUUGGUAUAAUGAUGGGUCUGUGUGCUAACCGAGGCGAUGUCACUCAUGUCCGUGAUCUGCUCAGUCUAGCCCAACAACAUAACGUGCAGAUAACCGCCCCCAUGAUUGACACAGUUGUGGAGGCUUAUUGCAAUAAUUCGGAGUGGGAGAUGGCUGAGCACGUUGCGGAGACUUGCCUCGGCCUCGACGUCAAGGGUUCUCGCGUAAGAAUGUGGAAUAUCUUGCUAUGGAAUUAUGCUUUCCGGAUGGAUCUGGAAGCUAUAUCAAGGAUACGUUCGCGGAUGGAUGCCUCAGGACUGGAGCCCGAUGAUAUGACCUAUUCUGCUCUCAUGCUCAGUCUUGUGCUUAUAGGCCAGACGGAUUCUGCCCGUCGCAUCCUGAGGGCGCUCCACCGAGGCCGCCGGGUUUACGCCACUGAAUUCCACUACGCAGUCAUCCUGUAUGGCUAUCUGAAGGACCGCAAUCGGGACAUGGUGCACAUCAUUUUCCGCGAAAUCAAAGACAGAUUCAACCAGCCGGGACUUGGCUCGAGGCUCCUUGUGCUCAAGAGUCAGAUCCAGCGAGAUUUGCAACUUUUGGCACAGGGUGGUCAAGUCGGCAACCACGCAAAUGUUCGUCUCGAAAACUCUGAGAAAUUUCUCGCAGAGACUCUAGCAGAUUACCACUCUACCAAGUUGGCGACGAAGUACCCGUUGCUGGGUUCUGGUAGGAUGUCUGCGAGGAAGGGAUUCCCUGCUGUUUAUUACGAAUAUAUGAUUUCUGCCUAUGGUAUGAAGGGGGCUUAUCUGUCGGCUCGGAGGCUUUUCGAUGACUAUACCGCUAGUCAUCCACCCAAAGACUCUGACGAAGAGAAUUACCAUGACAUCGCGCCUCUUCGUUUGCUGUCUGCUCUGAUGCUCGCGCAUUUGAAGGCUGAACAGUACCAACAGGUGGAAGAAUGCUGGAACCUGGCUUUCACUCGCGCAUUGAAGAUAGCUAGUCCCACUUCUCCUGAGAUUGAUGAGUGGCUUAGUCGUCAACUCAACCCAGCUACGACAAAGAAGGACCCGAUUCUACCGGCGUACCGCUUCAUGCUAUCUCGCCCUCUUUCACUGUAUCUGCGUUCUUUGGCUUAUGGAAACGAGGUUUCGAAGAUCUCCGAGGUCAUAGCAAAGUAUGUGGAGGCAGGCUUCUCCAUGACAACCUUCAAUUGGUCCACCUUUGUGCAGAUGCUUGCGUCCUCCGACAGGUUGUCUGAUCAGAUUGAAGCUUUCACUGUCUUUGAACAUAAGUUCAUGCCCAACUUCCCUGGGUGGGAUAAUCUUCGUCGAGGAUAUGGUGCACGACCUCCGGGUGUGCCUUCAACCAUUGAUGCGAUGGAGAACCCUAAACGGGCAAAGCCACCUAAUGUAUUGGGCAAACUGGGCCGGCGCUAUUGGAGCAAGAUCCAACCGGACUUCAUGCAGCCCACAUACGUGUCCAUGGUAUAUCUGGCUGCUGCAUUGAGACGACUUCGCGAACGGAGCAUUCACGAGGGAGGCACGGAUCUUCAGGCUAUAUACGAUGCGGCGCCUAAGACGAUCGCAGCAGUUGCUAGACUUCCUUACCUCCGUGAGAAGUUCCAGGGUGAGAAAGGCGAGAUGGUUGAUGAACUUGGACGCGGUAUUCUUGGUGUUGGCGGCCUGACUAGGUCUAAGUCGCGGAAAGAGCCGACUGCUGAAAAGGCGGGGCAAGACAGCAGCAAUAUUCGAGUCGAAGCACAAGACGCCACUUCGGAGCCAACUGAUAAGCCUCCAAUCAAUGUUGGUAUUUCCGAGUUGGACGAUGAUGAGCAAGAUUCCGAUGUUGCACCCUCGCCGUUCAGGAAGACCCUCGACUACCCCGAUGAAUAUGACAUGGAGGCCGAGAUGCUGCUCGAGGAGAGAGACAAGGAACUCGGAACGAAGGAGGAAUUGAUGGAUGAUGAAAGUCUCGUGGAAGAUGAUGAGGAUGAUUUCGACGAUCUGGAGGAGGACAUGGAGGAGGACAUGGAGGAGGACAUGGAGGUCGAAGAAGAAGAAGAAGAAGGAGAAAACGAAGAAGAGGAAGAAGAAUGGUCACUGAGACUUCCUGUAUUCUUCAUCAACUCAUCGCUCAGAUCUCUCACUGUCCUUGCCUCAUUCUUUCCAGCACUUAUCACCAGGUAUGGAAGCGUCACUUCCAAUGUACUGAUUAAGAAACACUCUUUAGUGUGCAUGAACCUCCUGCAACUUACUUGUCUCCUCAUAAUCGACCUCUGUGCUCUGUAUCACCGCUACACCGACGGAGAAUGGUCAAGCUCAGCAAGUUUGACGACGCCGCACAGGAUCGAGUGCGUGCCGCCGUCGAGUUUCUUGACCCCAGUUAGCAUCGAUGAGAUCCGAGCGCAUAACCGUGAGAUGGCCGAUGGCCUUCUCACGUCGCCAUAUGAAUACUCCGAUGCCUUCGAAAAGGCCCUUAAAGAGAUUAUCAAGACUUUGCCGAAUAGGCCAUCGAGGGAAACGGGAGACGAUGUGAACUACCAUUGUGGCUUUGUUGGCGCAUUCGGAGAAUAUUCCUGUAACCCUAGGACGCUCGGUUCCUCACACCUGAACCGAAUGAUCUCCCUGGAGGGUAUUGUCACAAAAUGCUCCUUGGUCCGACCCAAGAUCAUUCAGAGUGUGCAUUGGAGCGAGCGCGGUCAGAAGUUCCUUACAAGAAAGUACAUCGAUGCGACAAUGACCGCUAGUGGUGCCACGAGCAUGAGCAUCUACCCCCAGGAAGAUGAGGACAAGAAUCCGGUAUGUUCAUCUAAUACAAGAGCCCCGGCUGGCCAGCUGCCUCGGAGUGUGGAUGUGAUUGUUGACGAUGAUCUGGUUGACCGCGCUAAGCCCGGAGACAGAAUCCAGUUGGUCGGAGUUUACCGCUCUCUGGGUAACAGAAACGCUUCGUCUACGUCUGCUACAUUCCGCACGCUUGUCCUUGCGAAUAACAUUAUCCAACUGUCUUCAAAGUCCGGUGGAGGAAUCGCACAGGCCACCAUUACCGACACCGACAUCCGCAACAUCAAUAAGGUCUCCAAGAAGAAGGGCGUUUUUGAACUCUUGUCGCACUCGCUCGCACCCAGUAUCUACGGACAUGAUUACAUCAAGAAGGCCAUCCUGCUCAUGCUGCUCGGUGGUAUGGAGAAGAACCUGGACAACGGCACUCAUUUGCGUGGUGAUAUCAACAUUCUCAUGGUCGGUGACCCUUCGACCGCCAAGUCUCAACUGCUUCGUUUCGUUUUGAACACCGCCCCGCUUGCGAUUGCCACGACAGGUCGAGGAUCUUCCGGUGUCGGUCUUACGGCUGCCGUCACGUCUGACAAGGAAACUGGCGAGCGGAGACUUGAAGCUGGUGCCAUGGUUCUGGGUGAUCGCGGUGUGGUCUGUAUUGAUGAGUUCGACAAGAUGAGCGAUGUUGAUCGUGUGGCUAUCCACGAAGUCAUGGAGCAGCAGACCGUCACCAUUGCGAAGGCCGGUAUUCACACGAGCUUGAACGCCCGGUGCAGUGUCCUGGCCGCCGCCAAUCCGAUCUACGGACAAUACGACCCCCACAAAGACCCCCACAAGAACAUUGCCCUUCCGGAUUCUCUAUUGUCGCGUUUCGAUUUGCUCUUCGUCGUGACCGAUGACAUUGAGGAUUCCAGGGACAGAAUGGUGUCAGAGCACGUCCUCCGUAUGCACCGCUACCGCCAGCCCGGCACUGAGGAGGGUGCGCCUGUCCGCGAACAGCUUCACCAAACUCUUGGUGUCGGCCUCGAGGAUACGCAGGACUCGAACCAGCCUACAGAUGUUUACGAGAAGUUCAAUGUCAUGCUUCACGCCGGCAUGGCCCACAUGAGCCGUUCCAAGAGCAAGAACAUUGAAAUCUUGAGCAUUCCCUUCAUCAAAAAAUACAUUCAGUACGCCAAGUCUCGUGUCAAGCCCGUCUUGACCAAGGGUGCCGCCGACCACAUUGUCGCAACAUAUUCCGCUCUGAGAAACGACGAACUGUCUGGUAACCAACGCAGAACAUCGCCCAUUACUGCUCGUACCUUGGAAACCUUGAUCCGUCUAUCCACGGCCCACGCCAAGUCACGCCUCUCGAACAGAGUCGAGGAGCGCGAUGCCAAGGUCGCAGAGUCUAUCCUCCGGUUCGCCAUGUUCAAGGAAAUCGUUGAAGAUGAGCGCCGCAAGAGGAGAAAGGUCGCUUCGUUUGACGAAGAUUCAGACAGUAGCGACUCUGACUCUGACGACGAUAACACUCCUGCGCAAACAUCCAGCGCCACCCCCAGAUCAUCCAGGAGAGGCGGUCUCCGAUCCCGUGCAGCCAACGCUCGUUCGGCCACCAACGAGGACACAGAGAUGGAUGCGGACGGAGAUGCUGUCUCCGAGGAUGGCGAUGGCUUGUACAAUUCUAGUCCCCGCGGUCAACGACUCCGCUCUAGCCAAACAUCCCGCACACAGACACAAACACAAAGCCAGUCCCGGAUGUCUGUGGCUUCAUCUCGACCCGCGUCACAGCUGGUCGAGUCCCAGACAGACAACUCGCAGUCGCAGAAUACGACUGCUUCAUCUGAGCCGAUCCAGCCCGCUCGCUUGACGGUCUUCAGGCAAGCACUGGGUCCUCUGAUGGGCACACGACUGUUCACCCACGGUGACACCGCCGACGUCGAAUCGCUUAUCGGAGCUGUGAACACUGCGCUGCGCAGCACGCCUUCCCUCGGCGAAUCGCACGUCUUCCAGCGCGGGGAAGCUAUCCAGGCCCUGAGGGCUAUGAACGAGAGGAACGAAUUAAUGUACCUUGAGGAUGACGAAACCGUCUACAGAAUCUAA